AUGGCAUCAGAACAUAAGGAUUGUGAUGGACGAAUACGAUGUCCUUGUGUGAGAUGUAUAAAUAGUAGGUUUGAAAAAAUAGAUAGGGUUAGAGCACACGUAUUUGAUCGAGGUUUUAUGCAAGGAUAUGACAAGUGGAUUUAUCACGGGGAGCCUGAGGAUGCCGUCGUUGAUGUAGCAGUUGCCGAUGUUGAAUCAGAGGAUGAAAUGAUUCCUAUUUUGGAAGAUUUCUUUCCCUCGACAACUGAGGCACAAGGAGAAGAUGAACAACCAACCACAAACCCACAAUUUGAUGACUUAUUUGAGGAAAUUGAAGCUGAAUUGUAUCCCGGUUGUGAUUGGAUUUCAUCUCUUAACUUUUUAGCAAAGCUAUUGCAUUUAAAAGCUUGGGUUAUGAAAUAUCCAACAACGCAAGGCACAAAAUCGUUGGCGUCCAUACGCCACGGAAUGGGGGGUACUCCUGGAGAGCAUGUAGUUGACGCAUGGAAGGAGAUCCAUGUGAAAAAACCGUCUGGAACUUUCGUUAAUGAAUUAGCUGCAAAAGAUUAUGAGGAACUGAUCAAGGAGCUUGAUAGGAAGCGACUUGAACGACAAUCCCAGAGCGAUACUGGAACUGAAUCUGAAUCUGAUACUGGUUAUCAGUUUGACGUUAUGGAAACAGUUCUAGGCCAAAGAUCUGACUAUCAGAGAGGCGUGGGUAAAAGGCUCAAGGGCAAAGGAAAGAAACCAAUCCCCCAAACUCAAUCAACGGUGCCUCCCCAACCGACUACUGAAAUGAUGAGCACCAUGGCAGAUAUAUUCUCAGCUAUGCGUGCCACUUGGGGGGGUAAUUUGACGCCUGAACAACGUGCCCUAAUAUUUAACCCACGCUUUGACAAUUUCGUUCAAACGUAUAGUCAAUCGCAGUCUCCUGGUGGUUCGUCUUCUCAGAGUCAUGCCGCUCCUCCGGAACAGCAACAACAACCUCCUACGCAACCACAAUUUCAGCCUUCCUCGCAACAACAAUUCCAAAAUUUGUCACAGCAGCAAUUUGAAAAUUUUUUGCAGCAGCAACCCCAAUCUUUUCCUCAGCAAUUUCCUCAGCAGCAACAACAGUCUGCUCCGCCAAUGGGAAAUCAGUUCUUAUACCGAACACCGUCAGAGUCUCCUCCGCUCGGCUCAAACUUUGCUGAUUUUGGAUUAUUUGGGAGUUCAUCGCAGGAGAACCAAUUUUUUUCAACUCCCAUUUUCAACCAAGCUGAGCUCGGUAAUUUGACGCUGGGUUUAUCAUCAGACCAAGCGUAUGUGCCUUCUCCGCCACAGGCUUCGGGGACUCGUACCGAAAAUAAUCCAGAUCAAGACUUCAUAAUUAGAGACUUGAAUGAAGAUGUUAAUGAAUAAUUUAUUUAUGUUUUGUAAUAAUUUAGUUUAAUUUUGAGACAAUAUUUUAUUAAGAUUAAUAUGUUAAAGUUAAUUACUUUGGAGACAAUUUUAAAUUAUUAAUAAUAUUUAAUUAUUAAUGAAGAUUAAUAUUUAGUUUAAUUAUAUU